GCGUUCCUGGACUCGCUGCUGGCCACCAACACGCGGAGCGCCAAACCGCGCGGCAGGAAGGGCGCGGCGCGCGAGAAGCCGUUCUCCUGCCCGGUUGAGAACUGCGAGCGCCGCUUCUCGCGCUCCGACGAGCUCAAUCGCCACGUCCGCAUCCACACCGGCCACAAGCCCUUCCAGUGCCGCGUCUGCCUGCGCUGCUUCAGCCGCAGCGACCACCUCACCACCCACAUGCGCACGCACACCGGCGAGAAGCCGUUCUCCUGCGACGUGUGCGGGCGUCGCUUCGCGCGCAGCGACGAGAGGAAGCGGCACGGACGCGUGCAUC